CUAAAGGGACUAUUGAACUUCUUGCGACAUGGGUCCCAGCUCGGCAGAACCCGAAGGUGCGCAGAAGAGCGCGCUUGGGAUUGCUGGAUGGACUCGGAGUGAUUGCCGGGGCCCGGACCAGUCAGCCCAGCGCGGGGCGCCCCUGGCAGACUCGCAACCGCCAGGGGCCGCCGAUCUUCCAGGGGCCGGCCGGUCCGCAUGGCAAGGGCUUCGCUUAUUCGGCCAGCGCGCGCGGCGCAGGACUCGAGCGAUGGAGGUCCAGGGGGGGAGGCGGCCGAGCGAGCGAGGCGGGCCCCGAGUGCGGCGAGGAGCGGGGGCCCGACGCUGGGAGGCGGUCAGGGCUGGCCGAGAGCCCAUGGCCGAGCGGUCAGGGCCGGCACCGACGUCCGAAGGACUUCGCGAAAACCUUCGAGGGCACUUGCGGCGUGGCGACUGGCGCCAGAGGUGUGGAGCCGUGCGAGAUGGCCAUGGUCGUCGGACCCAAACGGCAACGGGGAGAUGAUCUACGACAGCAUCAUCCAGAAUGCCAGGGGUGACGGGCAGCUGUCGGAGGAGGUCGGAGAAGCUGUCUAUGAGAAGAUCCGAGAGCGGCUCAAGCAGUUCACGACUCCUGGCGAAACGCAAAUCGGGACGCGCGCGGAGGGGAACGACCUCGAGAAGUUGCCAAGUGAGAGUUGCCUGGACUUCGAAGCCCGACGGGAGAGGCACCGCCGCAGCGUGCAGAGAGCAGGCCUGGCGCGUGCCGAGGCCGAGGACUUCGCGGAGUGCGUCGCGAGGAACGGGAAGAAAUGCACCGCUGUGACCCGGGUCGGCAAGCGGGACUGCCCGAGGAAGGACAGCGGAAUCGAAUGAAGGGCGCCGAAGGCCGCGCAGGAGGCCUACGCGGUCGCGCACGUGCGAUCGAGCAGGUUACUCGAGACAGCCAGGCGUCAAGUAAGCCAUGACAGUCAUUCCGUGGCCUUCGAGUUCAUCGCGGCAGGUGGUAUCCGGGCCGAUUCGGCCCAAGAAUGGAUGAGGACCCCAUGAAUGAAUUGUGCCCCCAGGGUGAAGGUAUGCCGGUGAGUGGCGCUGCCGAGCAGGUCCCCGACCGACUUCCGCCCUGCGGGAUGGAGUUCCCAAAGAUGCUGGGGCGUGGUCGUCCACCGCGCGAGAUCCGGCACAGCGCGGACGAGUGCACGGUGUGUUCGACCGUGUCAGGAAUCAUGCAAACAGGGAACCGUAAUAAAUCACGCCCCUGUCAAAAAGGCCCAAAUGCGGCCAGAUCUCUAGUGUUAUCGGGUCGAAAAGUCCAGCCGUGUGCAG